AUGCCUGGUACUGACAAUGCCAAGGUUUCAGACUGUAACUCUGAUUACAGUUCAGUGCCUAAGAAUUACCAGCACAUCCUGGCCUUUGCAUUUGCUGUCAAAGAGAUCAAUGAGAAUCCCAACAUCUUACCAAAUAUCUCUCUGGGACUCCACAUUCUCAAUAGCUACUAUACUGCAAGAAUGACCUAUAAAGCUACCUUAAGCCUUCUGUCAGCACGACAUAGGUUUGUCCCCAACUUCAAGUGUGACAACCAGAACAAUCUGAUAGCUCUCAUUGGAGGGUGUAUGUCUGAAAUUUCUGCCAAUAUGGCCAUCAUUUCAGCAAUCCCCAAGACUCCACAGCUCACUUAUGGAUCAUUUUUGCCAUUACAAGGUGUCCAAAGUUUGUUCCCAUUUCUAUACCAGAUGGUCCCCAAUGAGGCCUACCAGCACAUGGGUGUUGUGCGGCUACUUCAGCAUUUCAGAUGGACCUGGAUUGGGCUUUGGGCUGUAGAUGAUGAUCGAGGAGACAGAUUUUUGCAGACAAUGAUGCCAUUGCUUUCCAUUCAUGGUAUCUGUUAUGCCUUCGUCACAAGAAUACCCAAAUGGAAUUAUGUGGAUGAGAUGGUGCAUUCCUUUCUAAGGCACAUCACGUUCAAUAACAGUGUUGGAGAUUCUGUGCACUUUGAUGACAAUGGAGAAUUAGUUGCAUGUUUUGAUAUAACGAACUGGUGGAUAUUUCCCAAUGGCUCACUGGUUAGAGGAAAAGUGGGAAGACUGGAUUCUCAGGCUCCUUUCGGAAAAGAGUUAACAAUUAAUGAUGACCAAAUUCUAUGGCAUCCAAGUUUUAACCAGGUGUUGCCUAUUUCUGUGUGCAAUGACAACUGCUAUCCUGGCUACAGCAGGAAAAAGAAGGAGGGAGAAAAGUUUUGCUGCUACGAUUGUGCUCUAUGUUCAGAAGGGAUGAUCUCUAAGCAGAAAGGAGAACUCCAUCAGUGGCCAGACUAUAUGGAUGCCUGCAUCAAAUGUCCAGAAGACCAGUUUCCCAAUAUGGACCAAACUCAAUGCAUUCCCAAAGCUGUAAGCUACCUCUCUUACAAAGAAACAUUAGGGAUCACCUUAGCUAUCUUAGCCAUUUCCUUUGCCUUUAUCACAACUUCAAUACUUGGAAUUUUUGUGAAGCACAAGGACACUCCCAUAGUCAAAGCCAACAACAGGACCCUCACCUACGUCCUCCUCAUUUCCCUCCUCCUCUGCUUCCUCUGCUCCUUACUCUUCAUUGGACAGCCUGGGAAGGUCAUCUGCCUUCUCCGACAAACAGCCUUUGGCAUCAUGUUCUCUGUGGCCCUUUCCAGCACCUUGGCAAAAACCAUCACCGUGGUUCUGGCAUUCAUGGCAACCCAGCCAGGAUCCAAAAUCAGAAAAUGGGUGGGGAAGAGAAUGGCAAAUUCAAUUGUCCUCUCCGGCUCCUUUCUUCAAGCUGGCCUCUGUUCUCUUUGGUUAUGUAUUUUCCCUCCAUUCCCAGAUAUGGACAUGCACUCAGUGACUGGUGAAAUGCUACUGGAAUGUAAUGAGGGUUCAGCUCUCAUGUUCUACUGUGUCAUAGGCUACAUGGGUUCCUUGGCCAUUGUCAGCUUCAUUUUGGCUUUCCUAGCCAGGAAGUUGCCAGACAGUUUCAAUGAGGCCAAAUUUAUCACUUUCAGCAUGUUGGUGUUCUGCAGUGUUUGGCUGACUUUUGUUCCAACCUACUUGAGCACCAAAGGAAAAUACAUGGUGGCUGUGGAGAUCUUCUCCAUCUUAUCAUCCAAUGCUGGGUUACUGGGUUGCAUCUUUUUCCCUAAAUGCUACAUCAUUGUACUGAGGCCUGAACUGAAUAACAGGGAGCAACUAAUAAGGAAAACCAAAUAA